AUGCUCUCUGUCUAUCAAAGUAUUCGAGUUCGUGAUAUCAAUGAUGCAUUCAAAGAGCUUGGACGCAUGUGCAUGAUGCAUUUAAAUAAUGAACGACCACAAACCAAACUUACAAUUUUACAACAAGCUGUUUCAUUAAUCACCAGUUUGGAACAACAAGUUCGUGAACGUAAUUUAAAUCCUAAACAAGCUUGUUUAAAACGUCGUGAGGAGGAAAAAAGUGGUGAAACACCACAUUUCAGUGGUAGCACUGGGGGUGGUGGUGGUGGUGGUAGCAGUAGUAGUAGUAAUAAUACACAUAUCAAUUCAAUUGGAAGCGCCAUAAAUCGUUUGUGUAAUACUAAUUCAGUGAAUUAUUCUACUCCUGUCGUGACAUCGUCAUCACAAAAUGCAUCAAAUCAUAUUUUGGAUUAUGAUCCACGUUUAUCUCAUAUUACACACGGAGCUGCUGUGUAUGGCGAAAAUUUGCCAAUAGUUAAUACUCGUAAUGAUUAUGCAUCAUCGAAUACUGGAUCUGCUGGGGAUGUUUGUACUUCCGGCUAUUUGCAUCCUGAAGUUCAACAAUGUCCAUCGGAAACAUAUACUCAUAUUACGUCACAACAACAACAACAACAACCACAUCAUUUGUCAAUAGUUAAUAAUAAUUUCACUAAAAAUGCUACUAAUAAUAAAUCUUCAGAUAAUUGGCAUUCUGGUUCCAUAAUACAAUCAGUUCAAUCCACACAUUCAUUAACUAAUAAUUCACAAAGAUUUGGAAAUAUUGGUAUGACAAGUCAUAAUUCAGGUGAAGAAUACGAUGAUGAUGAUGAAGACGAUGUUGAAAGCAGUGAAGAUGAAACUAAACCUUCAGUAGUACGUUCUAUUUUAAAAUCUGAUAUAGACAAUGACAACAGACAUUCUGUUCAUCAUUCAUCUACUUCUCCCGGGCUAUACGGAUGUAACGUUAUAGCGUGGUUGUCGACUAUGGACAGUUACUCAUUUGUCCGACCUGGAAAGUUAAAAUUAAAGGGUGAGAAGAAAAAAAAGCACCACAAAAGACGUCAAGAAUCAAAACCAAAGGUUGAGAAAACAGAACGUAUUUUGGAAGCAGAUGCUCAUGGUGGCUGGUGGUCUGCGAAAGAAUUCGAUGAAGUUAAGGAUUCAAUAGCAAUACAAGUUUAUGUUGCAACUGAUAAACCGUCGACAACUGAUGAGCUUGAAGCAGAUACACACUCUGGGCAGAAUGCUAACGACGAGUUUACAGGUGCUUGUUACUUAUCAGCUACCGAUGAAGGUUUGGUUGUUAUCGGACCACCAAGAAAGUACGGUGAACCACCAGCUCCAGAGGAGAUUUUCACCGCUAUGCAAGUUUCGGAUACUAAAGUUGCAUUUAAAUCUGGUUAUGGUAGAUAUCUUGGUGUUUCCACCAAAUCCGACGCUAUUUUGGGAGCCACAGCAGAUGCUGUUGGAGUUUUUGAACAAUUCGAACCAAUUUUUCAAGAUGGUCGUAGUGCUUUGUUAGGAGCAAACAAUUGUUUCCUUUCAGCUGAUCCCAUUACGGAUGAUAUUGUAUUCAAAAGUCAACAAGCCAAAACCAAUGAAAUGGUUAUCUUUCGUUCCAAUAAGCCUCUUAUCCAUGAUCCUUUAUUGGAUAUACCAGAAGAAGAACGGGAAGGCUUGAAAAAAGCUGAAGUUAAUUAUGUGCGUAAAUUUCAAAGUUGGCAAGAUCAAAAGCUACGUUUAAGCAAAGAAGAUUUCAGUGAUGUAAAACGCGCUCGUCAUUCUGGCAAUCUGUAUGAAUGUCUACUAGAUCGACGUGAAAAAAUGAAAUCAGAUCGAUACUGUAAAUAGUGAUAAUUCAUCGUGUAAUUUUUUUUAUCGUCUUUUUACGAAACAUGUAUUAUUUGUUCACUGAAGUGUUGUCGAAAUCGUCGAGACAGUUCUCUUGACUACAGGAAGAUAAUUUAUUUUAAUGUUUCCUUUCUUUGUUAAUAAAUUUGUCAAAAUUUUGAGUUCUUUUUUUAAUUCUGAUAUAUAAGGUGAAAACAAUUAACUUACAAUUUGGUCAUUUAGAAUCCUCUUAGCGCAAUAGACUGAACAAAUAUACUUUUAUAUUUUAAAUCACAAAUUGAUCGUAGCUAAACCAUAAUUAAAAACCUGGAAGCAGUAGGUGGCCAUUUCGUCCUGGUAUAGGACUCCUCAGAAAUGCGCACUCACGACCCUGCAUCCGAAAAUCGAACCUAGCAUCAAAUAUAUACCCAGUGAAAAAUCAUUCUAAUCAAGCCUGAAGUAUUUCAUCCUUUUUAGUAUGAUUGUCGUAAACGAUAUUCUUGAUUGAAAAAGUGUCUUAACUGGCAUAUAUAUUUAUGUAUAGCUAAAAUUUAAUAACUUGGUUCGUAAUUAUGGUGAUAUCAAUUUACUAGCCAAACCAAGUCAGUCAUCUACAACAUAGAACCAGGCACAAAUAUGCAUAGAUUGA